AUGGUGCUCAAGUCCGGCGAGCAAGCCCCUCUGACGCUGGUGCGCAUCGUCGAGAUCCUGCAGUCAGUAUUCCCCGCCGACGUCGUGCGGGCCGUCCCCGUGCUGGAGGUUGAGGUACCCCAGGCCCUCAUCCACCACAAGCUGGUCAAGAUGGUCUCGUUGACGGGGUCCAUCCUGCCUCUGAACAUCAAACUAUUGAACCUGGAGGACUCUGUUCUUUCGCUCUAUCUUAUCAGACACCUUGCAUGCUUGCUGCACUUAAAGGAUAUAGUUGGUCAAUCCCACGCUCCUGUCCGCUGGUACACACGUGAAAGCUCCCGUCGAAUCGCAUCAUGCUCUCCCGCGAAAUGGCCUCUACCGUACAUCGACAGCCCCCCAGGCCCUCCACAAGACAGCGACAGAGGACAGGACGAGCGUGCGAGGAGUGCCGGCGCCGCAAGCUCCGCUGCGAUGGCCAGCAACCGCGGUGCGGAGUCAAUGCUCGAGGAUCGGCUGGCGGCGCAGCAUCAUCGCGCACCUGUGUCCGCAUUCAACCCUUUGUCGACCCCGUUGACCGAUGAUCCACCCGAUGGCACCAAUGUGUCCAGCGCGUCGAGUGUUGCUGAAUCAAUUCCGCCGCCGCUCAUCACCGAGAGUAUGACUGUCUCCGAGCCCGAUAUCACACUGUUGAACACAAUGACAAGCGUCAGUUCUGCCCCAUCGAUCGCGAUAUGCAACAAAGAAAUCGGGGGUGUAGAGCCGAUGACCGAGCUGAUGCAGGCAGAGCUGAACCAACUGUACUUUGACCGCGUUCACCUGUCGGUCCAGAUCCUCCAUCAGCGUCGAUAUCUGAGCUGGGCAAGAAACGCCGCGAAGAGGACAUCUCGCCGGUGUCUGCAGUACGCAGUCUGGACGCUGGCGUCUCUCCUCUCUGCUCAAUUCCAGCACCUGCAAGACUCCUUCUACAAGGAGACGAAGCGGACGCUGGAACUCUCCUAUCUCUCAGGCGACUCUAACACGCCGGUGGACACGGAAGAGAUCCAGGCAUGGAUUCUGAUCGCAACGUACGAGUCCAUGCGGACCUUCCAUCGCUCCGCGUGGAUGAGCGCCGGCCGUGCGUUUCGGCUCGUGCAACUGAUGCGCCUUCACGAGCUUGACAGUCCCACGAAACCGCCUGUGCCCGAGGCCGACCUGGUCGAGACCGAGGAGAAGCGUCGGGUCUUCUGGAUGGCCUAUUUCCUGGACCACCUGUUCAGCAUGCGUAACAACUGGCCGAUCACCCUGAACGAGCACGUGAUCUGCACCCGUCUCCCAGCGCCGGAGAGGGAGUUCCAAAGCGGCCAGCCGGUGCUAGGCGCUUUCCUGUCCGAAGCAAUCAUGGACGUCAAACCGCAGACAACGUCCCCGUUCAACGAAUGCGUCAUCCUCGCCACCAUCUGCGGCCGCAGCCUGUUCCACGCCCAGCAAUACAGCGUGCGCUUCAUCUACGGUGACACGGCCCCCAACUGGACCGACCAGCACCAGUGGCUCGACAGCCUCCUCAACAACCGCCUCCAGAUCCUCUCCCAGUACUACCCGUCUCCCACGCAGAUCUGCGACCCCAUGCUCUCCUUCGCACAUAUCAUGGGUCAGGCGAGUGUGAUUCAUCUCUACAAGGGUAUGGAGUCCGUCGUCCAUCCCCUCAUGCCCAUCCCGUUACUGCUCAGUGCCGAGUUCCUAUACAGCAAUCGAGGCACGGACGCGGCAUUCAACUCUCUGCUUCAAGAGCUCCUGCAGACGUUUCGGCAGCUAAAGAAUGUUAAUGACCCAAGCCAGAGUUACAUUCACUUGCUAGAGCUGUCAUGUACCACCGCCUCGAUUGGCUUGGCAAGGGAAAGUUCUACCGCGCCAUGA